GGCAACCACGUGAGCUCUGCGACCAUGCGGAAAUGAAGAUGUGUGAUGAAGGACAAUAACAUCUGUCCUACCCACCAACACGAUUAGAGUAAAAACAUUUUUAAUUUAAAAUGGGGAUUACAAAGUUAGCGCAUUUAAUUCAUUUUGACGCUCCAGCGUCAAUGCGCAACAAAGAGAUCGGUGAUUAUUCGGGAAAGAUUAUCGCACUAGAUACAUCUAUUGUGGUGAAUCAGUUUCGCACAGCUCUCCCCAGCCAUCUGAAGCUAAGCCCUCUCACAGGCUUGUUUUACCGCACUCUUACUUUCCUGGAGCAUGACAUCAAGCCUGUCUUUGUACUUGAUGGCAGACCGCCCAGUCAAAAGAGAGCCGUGCUGGAGAAAAGAGCUCAAAUCACUGGCUAUAACAGCUUGCAGAGCUCCAACACAGGGUCCAACUUUAAACAAGACUGCCUACGUCUCCUAAAGCUCAUGGGUGUGCCGUGUAUCCAGGCUCCAGGUGAAGCAGAGGCACUGUGUGCCCACCUGGUCAAAAGUGGCACAGUUAAUGCUGUAGCCUCAGAGGACAUGGACACACUGGCAUUCGGAGGGACUGUUCUUCUUCGACAGCUCAAUGCAAAGAGAGACAGUGAGGUGACAGAGUACUCCUUACCAAAUCUAUUGAAAGCUCUACAGCUGACAUAUGAACAGUUUGUUGACCUGUGUAUCUUGCUGGGCUGUGACUACUGUGAUAAGAUUGGGGGUCUUGGGCCGAGUCGGGCAUUGAAGCUUGUUAAACAACAUCAUACAAUAGAGGGUGUGAUGGAACAUGUCAACAAAAAGACACACCCUAUCCCUCCAAACUGGCAGUACAAGGAUGCCCGGAAGCUGUUUUUUGAAACACCACAAAUUGACGACCCUGUUCUGGCCUGGAGUGAGCCUGAUGAAGAGGGACUGGUGCAGUUCCUGUGCAAGGAGAAGCCUUUGAAGGAGGAAAGGGUGCGGGGACGCAUGAAGAAGUUUCGCGAGUCUCUCUUAAAGAGAAGGAAGCAGAGGGAGGUGGAUGAGAAAAUGGGCCUAACUAGACAGUCACGACUUGAAGAUUAUUUCCCUGCAACACGAAGGAGAAAGGCUGAAUCUGCAGCUGUGGGAGGAUCCAGUGGGAGAAAACGAUCAAAAAUUGAAUAAGACGGACCAUUUUUAAUCUUGGAUCUUAAAGCAUUGAUCAAACCAUCAUGUGGACAGAAGAGUUAAAAGUAUAAUGGCAUCGAUCUAUUUUAGAUAUUUUAGUAUUUUAUUAUGUUCAAAUGGCAAAAUAAUGUAAAACAAGUGCCAAGAAAGGGUAUAAUUUUAAAUAAUGCUUGUAACUUUUAUGUUUGGGAGCCUGUAUUAAAUUACAGUAAACCUCUUUUUAUUUCUAAAUGUA